CCCAGACCCCGCGGGACCGCGCGCGAACGGCUUUGCAGCCGGAGCCCGGCGCCCCCUCCGAGCUCUCGAGGGCCCCGGGGUCCCGGACCUCUCCUGCAGCGAGUAGGGCCGGGGCUCUUAGCGCCUGCGAACCCCGGAGGGCCUGGGGGAAGGUCGGCUUCUGGGGGCCGGGGCGACGGGAGAAAGACACCGCUCGCUCCUGCAGAUCCCAAGCCGGCUUUACUGGGCUGGCGGCGACCGGGGAGUGACCGACAGCCACGAAGCUGCUGCCACGUCAGGCAACUUCACAAAACCCGGACGGGGGCAGGUGACGCAAGCCGGGCGGCCGCGGCGGGGCUGCGCCUGCGGCUACCCAAGGAGGCUGACCUCCGGCCCGGUCGCCCGGUUCAGCGACGCCCCGGCUGGCGCCGGCGCCUGCCCGGCACUCAGGGAGGCGGGGGUGCAGCGGAGGAGGCGGCGCCAUCGCGAAGCCCGCGCCUCGCCCGCACUCAGCUUUGUCACCCCGCCUGCAGUCCGGGCUGGACUGGGCGGCGUCUGCGGAGGCUCCUCGGCCAGGCCCCGUCCGCCCGAGCCGUGCUGAGACCCGGGCAGCGGCCGCGUGGAGAGGAAGUGGCAGCGGCCCGGGAGGCCGGAGCCAGGCCAGCGACCCGCCAUGGAGACCCGCUACAACCUGAAGAGUCCUGCUGUUAAACGUUUAAUGAAAGAAGCAGCAGAAUUGAAAGAUCCAACAGAUCAUUACCAUGCACAACCUUUAGAGGAUAACCUUUUUGAAUGGCACUUCACGGUUAGAGGGCCCCCAGACUCCGAUUUUGAUGGAGGAGUUUAUCAUGGGCGGAUAGUACUGCCACCAGAGUAUCCCAUGAAACCACCAAGCAUUAUUCUCCUAACGGCUAAUGGACGAUUUGAAGUAGGCAAGAAAAUCUGUUUGAGCAUCUCAGGACAUCAUCCUGAAACUUGGCAGCCUUCAUGGAGUAUAAGGACAGCAUUAUUAGCCAUCAUUGGGUUUAUGCCAACAAAAGGAGAGGGAGCCAUAGGUUCUCUAGAUUACACUCCUGAGGAAAGAAGAGCACUUGCCAAAAAAUCACAAGAUUUCUGUUGUGAAGGAUGUGGCUCUGCCAUGAAGGAUGUCCUGUUGCCUUUAAAAUCUGGAAGCGAUUCAAGCCAAGCUGACCAAGAAGCCAAAGAACUGGCGAGGCAAAUCAGUUUUAAGGCAGAAGUCAAUUCAUCUGGAAAGACUAUCACUGAGUCAGACUUAAACCACUCUUUUUCACUAACUGAUUUACAAGAUGAUAUACCUACAACAUUCCAGGGUGCUACGGCCAGUACAUCGUAUGGAGUCCAGAAUUCCUCGGCAGCAUCCUUUCAACAGCCUACCCAGCCUGUAGCUAAGAAUACUUCCAUGAGCCCUCGACAGCGCCGGGCCCAGCAGCAGAGUCAGAGAAGGUCAUCCACUUCACAAGAUGUAAUCCAGGGCCACCAGCCAAGAGACAACCACACUGAUCAUGGUGGAUCAGCUGUACUGAUUGUCAUCCUGACUUUGGCAUUGGCCGCUCUUAUAUUCCGACGAAUAUAUCUGGCCAAUGAAUACAUAUUUGACUUUGAGUUAUAAUAUUGUUUUGUGACUUAAGAGCUGUGACUCAACUGCUUCAUUAAACAUUCUGCAUUGGGUAUAAUCUAAGAAUUGUUUACAAAAAGAUUAUUUUGUAUUUACCCUUCAUUCCUUUUUUGAUCCUUAUAAGUUUAGUAUAAAUAUAUCUAGACAUUCAGACUAUGUCUAGCAGUUAUAUCCUGCUUAGUGUAAGAGACCGGAAGUCAAAGUUCCUUGUCUCACUAUUUGAUCUGCUUUGCAGGGAAAUAACUUGUUUUUUCUCAUGCUUCACCUUCUUUUUAUGUAAAUUUAUAAUACUUCUUUACUGUAUUGCCCUUUGAAAUUUUUGGAUAAAAGAUGAUGUUUUAAGUUCCAGUGAUUAUUACUAGUUACUCAAUACCAUUUAUUGAGUACUCUGUUUCUACGUAUGUAGAAUGUAUAGGGAUAAAACAGUUGAAAAGGGAAAGCAAAACUCAAGUAGUUCCUUUAAAAAAGUCAUUCAUAGGAGAUUUACUGGGAUUGCUCAUUCUGUGACUUUGUGUCUAAACAUUCUUCAGUGAAAAAACUUUAUUUCAGUCAAACAUUUAUGAGGAAAUGAGAUCACAUCUUUGUCACUGGAUGUUACUUGAAGAGGGAGUACUUUGUAACCACUUUGAUAUGCUGUGAUCACCACCCGCUGUCCCCUGCUGCCAUACUCACACAAAUUUAAAAAGAAGUAAAACAGUCUUCCAUAGAUUUUUGUUUUAAGGAAGAAAUGGUCCAAGCUAGGAGACUGCUUUAUUUUCUUCCCAGAAGUUAAAUGGGGAGAUCUUAAGAUUUGAAUGUUUGCUCUGCUUUGAAAUGUAUGUAUUUUGAGAUGUAUUAUAUGCCUAGCUUUAUAAUCACUAUAAAUUUUAAUUCCAGGAAUAUGCAUAAUAUUGAAAUAUUUCAUGUAUUAUUUUAAUUGAAAACCUCAGGGCCCAGGUAACAGUGAUAGAAGUUAGAAAAAACAUUUACUUAGAAUUGUCCACCUAGUCAGAGCCCAAGAAAGAAUUUUCAGUGGAAAAAUCAAUAUAUAACUUAGUGCUAGCUAGCUCCACAGACUCUAAUAGAUAAUAUUCUCAUCAUCAUGCCUGGUGAGACCAUAUAAUCACAGAAAAACGUUGCCUUCAGCAAUGUUCAGUUUGUAGCACUGAAGGCACUCUUAAGGGUGUUGUUAAUGAAGAUUUAAUUUUUAAAUAUAGGUAGUACCAAGCUUUCAAAUAGGUUAUGCUCCAAAGGGGUGUUUGUAAGUUAAUUUUUUUACAAGUCAAACAAUGUUGGAAAUUGUGUUUAGGUUCUAUAUCAGUCCACAAAAGUUAGCUCAUAUGUGUAUAUCUUGGAUAGGGGAGGGUAUUCAUAAAGUCCUUAUGUUGUUUUAACCAACUGAAAUUAUGGAUAACAGAAAUAAUUUGUAAAAUCAUUUUAAAGGCAGAUUUAAUUUUUACUCCUGUUUAUGGAACGUUGGUUCUAUUAAAACUGUCAGAUACAAUUUCUGUUUUCAUCUGAGAGCCAGUUUUGUUUUAUUUCUACAUCUAAAAUAAGAACAUAUUGUAUACUAUUAUAUAAUACAGAAUUGUCUUAAAGUUUAAUAAAUUAGCAUUUUAAAGUUGUUUACAGAUUGUUUUUUAUAUCUGUAGCUGAAAUUAAUAAAGUCUAAAAAGCUCAAGGACUUUAUGAAGAUCUCAUGUGAGGAAAAUCAUAGGUUACCAUUUUAUAAAUUUAUUGCCAUGAUAAAAUACAUUCUAAAGUCUUGACGUGAAACAUACUAGAAACAUUGGUUCAGUGCUCAGUGGUCUCCUAGCAAGAAGUCACUGACCCAGCUGGGAAAACCAGGUAGUGUCAUAUGAGAAGAAAGAAAUCCCCACCACUUCAACCUCUGCUGAGAUUAAUUGUGUGCUAGGAACAGUCUUCCUUCCAUUACCCCUCAGUCAAACCUGAGCCAGCCUCUGGAUCAAUGUGAUCUUGUUGCAUGUUUCCAUGGGGUGUACCUAUACUUUAAGCCAAUCCUGCUGCAUUCACUGCUAAGUUAAAAAAAACAAAAAAACAAAAAAACAAAGCCAAGAAGAUUUUGCAUUGCGCAGAUCCUUCUCUAUCUGACUUGCAUCUCUUCCCUCACCUGUCAACUAGCCACCUGCUUGUUUGUGUUGGGAUAUUUUUUAGCACCUGAUGCACCAUCUGAAGGUGGCACCAUUUUCUUCUUCCCUUUCACCUCACAUAAGCUCCCUAAAAAUCCUUAAAUUGUCAAUCUGACCCCCCAAUGUGAGGUUAAUGAGCAAAAUCGGUCUUUGGAGCCCUUCUUGUCCAAGCCCCACUGAAAAGUCUCUAGAAAACUAUUAUUUUUAAAGUUCUACUUUAACUCCUUAAUUCCAGUAUAAGGCCAAAACUUAUGUAUAUAUAUUCUGGCAAGUAAAGACUGAGGACUUCUCCUUACUUUAAUCCUCAGAUGUAGAUAACUCAUGACUUUUUCUUUGACCAACAUAGCAUAUGAUGAGAUAUCAAAGUAAUUAAAAUAGCAUGCUUAUUGAAAAAAUAAAUAAUCUAUUUCACUUAUAACUUUAAGCCAAUGAACUUUUCAAAAUUUAUGUAAUAUGGGGCUUUUAUGUAGCACUUUACAUUUUCAUGCUGCUUAUUUUAUUCUGAAAUAAAUGAAUUUCAAGAUUCUCAACCUUUUUUUAAAUUUCAAUAAUUGUUAUUUUGACUAUGGAAAUACAAAGUUUCCUAUUUCAGGAGAAUUAGAACUCUGUCAUUUCUGGCUGUGAAUAAACUUUCUGGUCUCUUGAGACCACCCGUUUUUAUAGAUCAGAAUCAGAAAACAAACAUUUGGACUCAUAAACAAGUCACAUUUGGACUCAUUUGAACAAAAACCUAGGCUGAAAUACUGAAAGCCUGUGUUUUCUUAAUUGCAGUAUAUGUAAGGUUAAUGCAUCUAGUAAACCUGACUAACAAAGACUAAUAUGCACAUUAACAGAUGUACUUUUAAAGGUUUUAUGGGAGGCUCUGCAUUGCUCAAAAGCUAUUGGGAACAUCUUUUGAACAGUUGCCUUCAGAAGUAGUUUGAGCUGCUCAAUAAAACCAGUGACUUUAUUCAUA